AUUCCUUUCACCAUCAAACUCCGCAAAAACUGUGGCGUUUGGGGCUUCUGCCACCUUUGAUUGGCUGAGCACUGCAUCAUGGCGGGUGUUUCGGGGCCCAACGACCCCGCUGCAACGGCCUCUAAGCUUGUCUCACACUAUUUGGACCACAUCCAACCCGCUAUUGACGAGUUGGCUCGGCGUGAGAAGCAGCACUUCGUCGAAUUGGACCCCAAUGCCCUACCGGAGGAGUGCGCUGCGGGUGAACACAGCCUGGCGCGGAUGCAAUGCUUUCAUCGUUUUCAGCAACUGGUGGCAGAGGGGGUGGAUCACUGGUGUCGCCACAGCAACGUCACCGAGGAGCUGUUGGCUGCCUCCUUGCAGGAAGCCUCGCAACAAGCGAAGCUGGGCAAGGAGACGAACGGCACCAUCUUGUUGGAGCUUCUUUGCUCGGUCCACGACUUUGGCACCUUCGCUGCCUACAUGGCUGGUGAGGCGCAAGACACCCAGGACAUGGUCACGUGCGGCUAUGGAGGUUGAUGAUGCCGCGUCACCUGGAAAAAGGAAGACUGCGACGAAACCUUUUGACCGUCAGUGGUUUAGGCUGCAAGCUGAAAA